AUGGCCACUCCCCCAACCUCAGCCCAAACUCACGCCCUCUCCAUCCCCGAAAUCUUCGAACUAAUCCUCCUCAACCUGGACACCCGCACCCUCCUCACAAAAGCAACCCGAAUCUGCCACGCCUGGACCAAUUUCAUCGACUCCUCGCCACCCAUACAAUGGGCCCUAUUCUUCCGACCUCUCGACAAUGCAUUGAAGAAACCAAAGACCCAGAACCCACUACUAGCAGAGACCUUCCCGUCAAUCUUCCACCAAUCCGGUCCUAGCAAUGGAAAGACCAUUAAAAUGAAGGAUACCGACACCAACACUACAAAUGAACCCUGCACCUCCACCUCGACCUCCAAUCUCACAUUCACCACCUUCGAUAUGGUCAAGCACCCUCGCAAAUGGGAUGCAUUUAUCAGGCCAGAAGCCAGCUGGCGCCGUAUGCUGGUCCAGCAGCCGCCCGUGUAUACACUGUCGCUACUAAGGAGUAAUGUCGGGCAUGGCGGACAGUAUUUGUAUAUUUAUGAAACGUUGGACGACCAAAAAGAAUCAGCCGGUGGCUUGCGGAUGGAUAUCGUCUUUGAAGCUCUCGUCUUCGGGGACAGGUGGGAUCAGGAUGAAUACUCUGCGACGGAGAUGGUCUGGGGACAGGAAUUCCUUCCUGAACGGGUGCGUGGGGGCUUGGAGAUUUUCGGCGUCCGCGAUCUGGAUUUGGUGGUUUAUACUCGUCUGGGAGAGGCUAGAGAUCGGGGUUAUUAUGUGGAAUCUUCGACUUUGGAAUGUGAUGUUGUGAAGAAUGUUAAGGCGGCGUAUACCAGGAUGGGGAUGGUGCCGAAGUACUCGGAUAAGGCUUUUUUGAGGGAGCGGAAGUCUUGGGGGUCACUUUGGGACUAG